GGGGGGCCGCUCACCUCUUGAAUCGUCUGUUCUCCCUCCGCUGUGCUCUUCCCAUCGCUCUCAUCUCUGCCUUUUAAGCUGUAGGGUAGCAACCCGGACAGAGAUUCAUUCUUGUCUAACUCUCAACUCCUCAAUCGAGCAGGACGAUUGAGUCUGCAGCUACUUACAAGACGACCUUCAUCUUUGGUCUUGAUUUACCCCAUUAACCGUCAUUUCGUUUGUUCCGAGACUUUUCUAUAUCAUGCGGUCUUUUGCUCCCUUGGUUUUAAGCCUUCUCGGGGCUAGCGCGGUAGCCUCUGCUGCUGACGCGACAGCUGAUACCACUUCUGAUGUCGUCUCUCUGACCAAAGACUCGUUCAAGGAUUUUAUGAAAGAGCAUGACUUGGUGCUGGCCGAGUUCUAUGCGCCCUGGUGCGGCCACUGCAAGGCUCUAGCUCCCAAAUAUGAAGAGGCUGCUACUGAGCUCAAGGGGAAAAAUAUCCCCUUGGUCAAGGUCGAUUGCACUGAGGAAGAGGACUUGUGCAAAGAAAACGGCGUCGAGGGCUAUCCUACUCUCAAGAUCUUCCGCGGCCCUGAUUCCAGUAAGCCCUACCAGGGAGCUCGCCAGGCUGACUCGAUUGUCUCCUACAUGAUCAAGCAGUCCCUCCCCGCCGUCUCAACUGUCACUGAAGAGAACCUCGAAGAGAUCAAGACCAUGGACAAGAUAGUUGUCAUCGGUUACUUUGCCUCCGACGACAAGGCUGCCAAUGAUGUGUUCACCUCUUUUGCUGAAUCUCAGAGAGACAACUACCUCUUUGCCGCGACCAGCGACUCAGCUAUUGCCAAAGCGGAGGGUGUCAAGCAACCCUCAAUUGUGCUCUACAAAGACUUUGACGAGAAGAAGGCUAUCUACGAUGGAACGAUCGAGCAGGAAGCGAUACUCAGCUGGGUAAAAACUGCCAGCACUCCUCUUGUGGGUGAGAUUGGCCCCGAGACCUACUCUAGCUAUAUUACGGCCGGUAUCCCUCUCGCGUACAUCUUCGCUGAGAGCAAGGAGGAGCGUGAUCAGUACGCCGAGGAAUUCAAGCCCAUUGCUGAAAAGCACAAGGGAGCUAUCAACAUCGCGACAAUUGAUGCCAAGAUGUUCGGUGCCCAUGCCGGAAACCUCAACCUUGACCCUCAGACAUUCCCCGCUUUCGCUAUCCAGGAUCCGGAGAAGAACGCCAAGUACCCUUACGACCAGUCCAAGGAAAUCAAUGCCAAAGACAUCGGGAAGUUCAUCCAAGAUGUUCUUGAUGGCAAGGUUGAGCCCAGCAUCAAGUCUGAGCCUAUUCCUGAAACCCAGGAAGGACCCGUCACAGUCGUGGUGGCUCACUCCUAUCAGGAUCUUGUCAUCAAUAACGACAAGGAUGUUCUCCUCGAAUUCUACGCCCCGUGGUGUGGACACUGUAAAGCUCUGGCCCCCAAGUAUGAGGAGUUAGCGGCUCUCUAUGCUGGUGAUUUCAAAGAUAAGGUCACCAUUGCCAAGAUCGAUGCUACUGCCAACGACGUUCCUGAUUCCAUCACCGGAUUCCCUACCAUCAAACUCUAUCCCGCCGGUGCUAAAGAUUCUCCCGUUGAGUAUUCUGGCUCUCGUACCGUCGAGGAUCUGGCGAACUUCAUCAAGGAGAACGGCAAGUACAAGGUCGACGCUCUUGAGGCUGCCUCAGAGAAGGUUGAAGAAGGGGCUGAUGUUACCGCUUCCCCUUCGGCUACAUCCACCGAGUCUGAAGCUCCUGCUGCUACUGGCGACGAGAAGGGCGACCAUGAUGAAUUGUAGACUACUACUUUAGCCGAAGGACCUCGUUUUAGUAUCCCAAUUUCAAACUUCAUGAUUGUAUCUUACCCCCGGC